UUGGCUGCAGCAUGCUUCUUCGUCAACUUGUCUGUGUCGUGUAUACGCACUGACAUCGUCGGCCAGUGACUGUCGGUGUGCGUGAUUUGGUGCACGUUUAAUCGUUUGACGGCAGUCACUUCGAAAAAUGGUCGUGAUAAAGGGUCGGAAGAAUUCGAAUAAGAAUCCGCCGAUAUUCAGUCAUGAAUUUGUUAUUCAGAAUCAUGGAGACAUCGUCUCUUGCGUGGCUAUGAUCUUCGUAACGGGUCUGAUGGUACAGGUAACAUCGCCAUGGGCAUACACGUUUAUCGCUAUCCAUCACAAUGUAACUUCAGACAUCGAGGAUCCAACCGCGCCAAUAAGAUACACCAACGGUUGGAAGGACGCUUGUGCCGUGUUUUUCUACUUUUUGAUAACGAUUGUAAUGCACGCUGUGUUCCAAGAUUACAUAUUUGAUAAAGUUUCAAAACGUUUGCAUCUGAGCAAAGUGAAACUUGCCAAGUUCAACGAAUCCAGUCAGCUCGUCGUGUUCUAUCUAUUCUCCAUUAUAUGGGGUAUAGACAUAAUUGUUAGGGAGGACUUAUUGUUAAAUAUGCCUUCGUUAUGGAAGGAUUAUCCUGUCCCAUUAUUAUUUUCCUCGAAGCUGUUCUUCAUUGGCCAGCUCGCUUAUUGGUUCCAUUGUUACCCUGAAUUAUAUUUCCAAAGGGUGAAGAAGGAGGAUAUUCCACACAGAGUCGUGGAGACGACCAUUGGACUCCUCUUCACCCUCGCAGCUCAUAUCUUAAAUUUCCAACAAGUAGGAAUAUUACUGUUGGUUCUGCAUUACAUGGGAGAUGCUUUCCUUCACAGUGCUAGACUCAUUCAUUUUAUCAGUAAAAAAGAGAAAAUAACAAAGAUGGCAUUCCUUGUUGCUAACUCGGUGUACGUUUUCGCGCGCUUCGCGACUAUGGUCAUAGCAACCCUGUUCUUCCUGUAUGGAUUAAAUAAUGCCGAAGGCGCGUUCGAUUUUGCUACUGGAAAUUUCAAUAUUCCAGCCAUACGAUUCUCCGUUUUCGCCGUAGUUAUUACCUUCCAAGUUUAUCUGGUUUACUUGUUCAGUUCGAAGCAGAUAAAACGUGCUCGCGAAAAUGUAGUCCCGGUACAAACGACGGCGAAAUCUAAACAGAAACUAAGGAAGAAGGAAGGAAAAAAGUCUGCAAUGUCCGAGGACGAUGAUCUACCAGAGGUCGAUCAAGCGACUAAGAAAAAUCUUCGGUCUCGUUCAUCAGUGAAAGUAAAAUAAACGUUUAGUAAAAUGAGAGAUUCAUCUAAGGCUAAUCAAACCCCGAACUUUAUUCACCCAUGCGCUACAAUUAGGUAUAACUCUUCUCAUGUCAGUGUAUCAUCUUAAAAAUCAGACUAUUCCUCCAUCUUCCCAUGACAUAAUUCACUUUUACAAUAAAGCGUCGUCAACCGAUAAGACAUUGUAUACGUGUGUAUGUGUAAACGCGUCGGAAUAGAACGAGAUGCAAUGAGAA